UAUUCGUUAAUCGAGCAGUGGGGAAAGGGAGUGACGAGUGACUACGAAUUACAAUUAGCGACACAACAAAUGAAAGCGUGACGUGAAUACGCUGGUUUGCCAUACCACGUCGGGAUAAUGUCGUUCGAGAAGAAAAACGUUGUUCGUUUGUAAAGCAGGCUACGUGAAAAGCCCCGUAAUUUAAUCGAGGCACUGUUUUAUCGCACAGUUGCCAGAAAAUGGAAGCAGACUAUCAACCGACGCUAAGCCCAACACGAACUUUGACAGCAAUAGCUAAUGACGUCGAAGACCCAUACCCAAGUUUGUCAGAUUAUCAUGAUUAUGAGCCCAACUUGGAGUUCGAUGAUACUGAGUUACAGACCACUUCAAAUAAUGCUGUACAACUUUUAGAAGAAAAAUUGGACAUAAUUAGCAGUGGUGCUGGUACUGGGAUAGAUUAUUUGGAGAGUCCAGUAAGCGAUGGGACAAUUGAAGAAAACUUUGAAGAAGCUUUGGUAGAUGCUCCAGUUAUCGAAUCCGCAGAGGAUCUUGCUGCAUUGGACGGUGAACUUGCGGAUGAAGAAGAUUAUCUUGAUAUAUCGAGAUAUGGCAUUGUAGAAGUGGUUGGUGAUGAUAGUGCUGGUCGUAAAAUAAUAGUAGUAUCUGCAUGUAAAUUACCUCCUGUUGGAAAAGAAGCGUUUAAUCAUGCUAAACUUCUCAGGUAUCUCACACAUACUUUAGACACAUUUGUAGAACAAGAUUAUAGUUUAAUUUAUUUUCACUAUGGUCUUACUUCAAAAAAUAAACCACCAUUAUCCUGGUUAUGGCAAGCAUAUAAAGCUUUCGACAGAAAGUAUAAAAAAAAUUUGAAGGCUUUAUAUCUAGUACAUCCAACUAAUUUUAUUAGAAUUGUAUGGCAAAUAUUUAAACCAGCUAUUAGUGCAAAGUUUGGUCGGAAAAUGAUGUAUGUUAAUUAUUUGGAAGAACUGGCACAAUAUAUUAAUCUUGAUCAACUUAUUAUACCUCCUCAAGUAAUAGAACACAAUGAACAGCUAAUGUUAAAGAACAAAAAGAAUUUACCAACCAGUCCACCUCAGAGUGCGGUGACAACACCAGUUGGUACCACUCAAUUUGGAGCAAGCCUUACUUUUAUUAAAGAAAAUAAUAAUGGCGAUCCUAUACCACCAAUAGUGCGACAAUGCAUUGAAUUUCUUGAUACACCAGAUGCUUUAGAAACAGAAGGAAUAUUUAGAAGAUCAGCUAAUGUAGCAGUAGUUAAGGAACUUCAGAAUCGUUGCAAUCAAGGAUUGCCUGUUGAUUUCCAAGGAGACCCACACAUAGCAGCUGUUCUUCUUAAAACGUUUCUUCGAGAAUUAGAUGAACCUCUUAUGACGUAUGAAUUAUAUGAUGAAAUAACGCAAUUUCAAGCUCUAUCGAAAGAUGAACGCCCAAGAAGAGUUAAAAUAUUAGUACUUGAAAAACUUCCAGAAGAUAAUUACCAACUCUUAAAAUAUAUCGUACAAUUUUUAUCAAGGGUAAUGGACAGGUGUGAUUUAAACAAAAUGACAUCAAGUAAUCUCGCCGUCGUAUUUGGUCCAAAUCUUGUCAGAGCACCACCAUCACGUGGAAUGUCACUCUCCGCGAUAGGUCCCAUUAAUCAAUUCAUAGACUUUUUAUUUACUCAUCAGGAUAAAAUAUUUAUUAUAUAAAGAAAAUAUAAAAUCGAACGCUAAAGGCCUAAUUUGGAACGAAAUUAAUAUUUUAUGUAUGUUAUAGAACAGAAAUCCUAUAAAUUCGGCUGCCAUGUUUGAUAUUGUAUAAAAUUUACAUAAUACAACUUCGAAGAAAAUUUUAUAGGAUUUUUAUUGAAAAGUAUGAGAAGUUCCUGAGACUUUCAUUUUAGAAUGUAAAAGCGAGAAUCUCUUUUAGAAUCUUCGAAGUCAUAUCAAACUUGUUGGAAUUCGAAGCGAACGUAACAAUUCGUGUAUAAUAUUCAUAUUUAAUUAUAACAUUCGUACUUUGUUGAUUAAAAUAUUUUUAUAUUCAAAUAUACAGAUAGAGAAAUACUUGCAUACCUAAUGUCACAAACAGCGUUUAAUUAUACAGCUUGCACAAAAUUUUUUUCUAGUAAAUUGGUAUCAUGAUUUCAGGAUUAACAUAAGGGACGUUAAAAGUAAUGUAAAUGGUCUGGUUGCUACGUAAUUCAAAAGUGUGCAAAGUUAUAUAAAAAUUAAUGGUAUACCAAAGAUAUAUAAAAAUAUCAUGAAAUUAUAAAAUGUAGGAUUAUUUAAAGAUAGCAUAAUAUAGUAAAACUAGACGAGCAAAUUACGAUGAUGUACAGGAUGCCUUGCUCGCAUAAUUUUAUUAACGUAAGGAUUAAAAUGGCAAACGUCGUAAAAGUCAUGAUAACUACAUGUUAUUAUACAUAGUUGAUUAAUAUAGCCAAAGCGAAAAAUAGUAAUAAAUUAGUAACUAUUAAUAGUAUAUGGCAUCCUUUGUAUUAACAUUAUGUAUAUAUAUAUAUAUAUAUAUAUAUAUAUAUAUACACAAUAUAUAUACAAUAUAUAUACAAUAUAUAUAUAUACACAGAAAUUAAUAGCACUGUAUACAAUUUUAGUCUGAUUAAAUGAGAUUGUUCUUUUAAUAAUA